UCCUGGCAGCACUGCUAUAUACUCACACAGCCUUCACUUCUGUGUUGACAACUUGCACUUGAAAGAUGUCUGCAGGCAAACAGGGAGACAGCUUGUGCUUCUUUAUCAACGGGAAAAAGGUGACGGAGGACGAUGCGGAUCCUGAGACGAUGCUGCUGUCCUUCCUCAGGGACAAACUGAGGCUGACUGGAACUAAGUCCGGAUGUGGCGGUGGAGGAUGCGGAGCGUGCACGGUGAUGGUGUCGCGCUACCAACCUGCAACCAAAACCUUCACCCACUACUCGGCCAACGCCUGCCUGCUGCCGCUCUGCCAGCUGCAUGGAGCCGCCGUCACCACGGUGGAGGGCAUCGGCAGCUCCAAGACCAGGAUCCACCCGGUCCAGGAGCGAAUCGCGAAGGCUCACGGAUCGCAGUGUGGCUUCUGCACUCCAGGGAUGGUGAUGUCCACGUACGCUCUGCUGAGGAACAAACCUCAACCGACCAUGGAGGACAUCACACAGGCUCUGGCUGGUAAUCUGUGUCGUUGCACCGGAUAUCGGCCGAUUGUUGACGGCUGCAGGACCUUCUGUCAGGAAGCCAACUGCUGCCAGGCUAAUGGAGACGGAAACUGUUGCCGCAACGGAGACGGAAACCCCGAUACACCUGAGGAGGAAAAGCCACAGCUGUUUGACAAAGAAGACUUUCUGCCGUUGGACCCGACGCAGGAGCUCAUCUUCCCUCCAGAACUGAUCCUGAUGGCGGAGACCGCAAACCCAGAAACGCUCACCUUCUACGGGGAGAGGACGACCUGGGUGUCCCCCACCUCUCUGGAGGAGCUGGUCCAGCUGAAGGCCAAACACCCCAAAGCUCCGCUGGUGAUGGGCAACACCAACAUAGGUCCAGACAUCAAGUUCAAAGGCGUCCUACAUCCGCUGAUCAUCUCUCCAAGCAGAGUGAAGGAGCUGUUUGAAGUCUCUGAGACUGCUCAGGGUGUUUGGGUCGGUGCCGGCUGCAGUCUGUCCGAGCUUCGCUCUCUGCUGGAGAAGCUGGUUCCUCAGUUCCCAGAGGAGAAGACGGAGCUGUUCAGAGCCCUGAACCAGCAGCUGGGGAACCUGGGAAACCAGCAGAUCCGAAAUGUUGCUACUCUUGGAGGGAACAUUGUGAGCGCUUAUCCCAACUCAGACCUGAACCCCGUUCUGGCUGUCGGCAACUGCAAAGUCAGCGUCAUCUCCAGCGGAGGAAGACGAGAGGUUCCCCUGAAUAAAGACUUUUUCACGGGCUUCGGAAAAACCAUCCUGAACCCCGAAGAGAUUGUUGUGUCGGUUUUCAUCCCGUUCACCAGAAAGGGGGAGUUUGUUCGAGCUUUCCGCCAGGCGCCGAGAAAGGAGGCGUCCUUCGCCACCGUGUCGACGGGAAUGAGGGUGUUUUUCUCAGAGGGAUCCAGAGUGGUUCAGGAUGUCAGUUUAUACUACGGAGGAAUGGGUCCGACCACCGUUAGCGCCACCAAAACCUGCGCAGCAAUCAUCGCAAAGCCGUGGGAUGACGAAACCCUCAGCAAAGCUUACGACAUCCUUCUGGACGAGCUGGCUCUGCCUCCGUCGGCUCCCGGAGGCAAAGUUGAGUUUCGUCGCUCCUUGACUCUCAGCCUCCUCUUCAAGUUCCACCUGGAGGUCCUGCAGAAGCUCAGAGAAACGAAUGUGAUCAAAGACGAGGUGCCGGAGAAGAUUUCACCGUUACCCAGAGAGAUCCAGCCCGGCCUGCAGGAGUUCCAGGCUGUGUCAAAGGACCAGAGCGCCCAGGACCCGGUGGGGCGUCCCAUCAUGCAUCGCUCUGCCGUCGGUCACGCCACCGGUGAGGCCGUCUACUGCGACGACAUCCCCAAAACAGACGGGGAGCUUUUCCUGGGGCUCGUCACCAGCUCUCGAGCACACGCUAAGAUCACAGCUGUGGAUGUCAGUCAGGCCCUGCAGCUUCCUGGUGUGGUCGACGUCAUCACGGCCCAAGAUAUUCCUGGGAAGAAAUUCCGACCAAUGACUGGUCAGAAGGAGGAGCUGAUGGCCGAGACCGAGGUUUCUUGCAUCGGUCAGAUCAUUUGUGCAGUCGUCGCUGAUACCAGGGCUCACGCCAAACGAGGAGUUGCGGCCGUGAAGAUCAGCUACGAAGACCUGCCAGAUCCCAUUUUCACCAUCGAGGACGCCAUCGAGAAGUCGUCUUACUAUGAGCCUCGGCGGAUGAUCGAGCGAGGGAACGUGACCGAAGCUUUUGAAAAAGUCGAUCAGAUUUACGAAGGUGAGAUGCGAAUAGGAGGCCAGGAGCAUUUCUACAUGGAGCCUCAGAGCAUGGUGGUUGUCCCUGUUGGUGAGGAGAUGGAGUUCGAUGUUUACAUCUCCACUCAGUGGCCGAGUCUUAUGCAGGAGGCAGUAGCAGAGACGUUGGGCAUCUCAUCCAACAGAGUCACCUGUCAUGUUAAGAGACUCGGUGGCGCUUUUGGAGGGAAAGUCACCAAAACCAGCCACUUGGCUUCUAUCACCUCUGUGGCUGCUUUGAAGACCAAUCGCGCCGUCCGCUGUGUCCUGGAGCGAGGCGACGACAUGUUGAUCACAGGGGCCCGACAUCCCGUCACUGCAAGAUACAAGGUGGGCUUCAUGAAAGACGGCAGGAUCGUGGCUGCAGAUAUGGAGUACUACUCCAACGCCGGCAACACUAUAGACGAAUCUACUCUGGUUGUCGAGAAGAUCCUGAUGCACAUGGACAACGUUUACAACAUCCCCAACCUGCGAGGACGUGGUGCCGCCUGCAGGACCAACCUGCCGUCCAACACCGCCUUCAGGGGCUUCGGCGUGCCUCAGGGCCUCAUGGUGGUGGAGAACAUGAUCAACGACGUGGCGGUGGUGCUGGGGCGCCCCGCUGACGAGAUCCGCGAGAUCAACAUGUACAGGGGCCCGUCAGUCACCCACUACAAGCUGGAGUUCAGCCCCGACAACUUUCUGCGCUGCUGGGAUGAAUGUAAGCUCAAGUGUGACUACAGCGCCAGACGUAAAGCUGUCGACCAGUUCAACAAGCAGAGUCGCUGGAAGAAGAGAGGGAUGUCCAUCAUUCCAAUCAAAUAUGGCGUCGCCUUCGCAGAGAGCUUCCUCAAUCAGGCUGCAGCUCUGGUCCACAUCUACAAAGACGGCUCCGUUCUGGUCACUCAUGGAGGGACGGAGAUGGGUCAGGGAAUCCACACUAAGAUGCAGCAGGUUGCCAGCCGUGAGCUUCGCAUCCCGACCUCAAAGAUCUACAUCAGUGAAACCGGCACCAACACCGUCCCCAACACCUGCCCGUCUGCUGCUUCCUUUGGCACCGACGCCAACGGCAUGGCGGUCAAGAACGCCUGUGAGAUUCUGUACCAGCGGCUGGAGCCCAUGAGGAAGAAGGACCCCAACGGGUCCUGGGAGAGUUGGGUGUCCGCAGCAUUCUAUGAGAAGAUCAGCUUGUCGGCCACUGGAUAUUUCAGAGGUGAGGACCUCUACAUGGACUGGGAGAAGAUGGAGGGUCGGCCCGGCGCCUACUUCACAUUCGGAGUCUGUUGCUGCGAGGUGGAGCUCGACUGCCUCACCGGAGACUACCGGACGCUGAGGACGGACAUCGUGGUGGACAUCGGCAGGAGUGUGAACCCGUCUGUGGACAUCGGACAGAUUGAAGGAGCGUUCAUGCAGGGUUUGGGUCUCUUCACUCUGGAGGAGCUGAAGUUUUCCCCCUCUGGGCUUCUGUACACUCGAGGUCCGUCUCAGUACAAGAUCCCGGCCAUCUGCGACGUUCCGCUUCGAUUCAACGUUUACCUCCUAAAGGACAGCGACAACCCUCACGCCAUCUACUCCUCCAAGGGUAUCGGAGAACCCGUCGUCUUCUUGGGCAGUGCGGCGUUCUUUGCCAUCAAAGACGCCGUGGCUGCGGCUCGCUCCGACUCCGGUCUGGUCGGUCCGUUUACUUUGAGCAGUCCUGCGACGCCGGAGAGAGCCUGUCUGGCCUGCAACUCCCAGUUCACGCAGAAGAUUCCAACCAGCAAACCGGGAUCUUUCAAACCGUGGGCCUUAGACAUCUGAAACUGAAGUCAAACUAUAACCACGAUUAAUCAGAAGUUAUCUUACCAAUCCUCACACUACUAGUAUAAAUCAUGUUUACGCGCAAAUGAUCAACAAACAAGAAACUUACGACUGAAAUCAUAGUGCUUGUUGAUUGUCAGUGAUAUAAAAUGUGAAUUAAUGCAUUAUGACCACUUGAUUUUACAGCUUUUUUUUUGUAGUGUCACUAUUUCUGCAGCAACUAAACAAACAUAAACGGAUCAAAUAAAAGCAGUGUUUCAUCCGAGUUUGUUUAAUGACGGAUACCGAUCCACAGCAGAAGUUAAAGUCAUGAAAAACAGCAGGAAUGUUUGCUAAGCUAACGCAGAUUUGUCUUCUUGUGGACCGAGGCUGCUCAAACGUCGAUGCACCACACGGCUGCAGAGUCGCCUGUCGGAGAGGAAACCUGCAGGAAGAGAAGAAGAAGAAGAGUUAAUGAGGUGUUUGACAGGAAGAGGUUAGAAAACACAAAGAAAGAGACAGUUCUGGGUGAAACUUUCGGCAUUAUUGGCGUGUUUUUUAAAGUUAAAAUGGAUGAACUCCGUGAAAAAUUGAAGAAAAAAUUACAAUUUAUUCUCUAAAUUAACUGAUCAGUCUAUAUAUUGUCGAAAAAUACUGAAAAAAAUUUAAGAAACUGGACAAUAUUUGACAUUUAUACCAUUAAAUACCUAUUCCAAAACUUUGAAUAUCCUGAAAAAGUUCCUUUUUUUUGGUAAUUUAAUUCAGAAAAAAUCAACUUUCAAAUAUUAUGUAAUUAUUAAACAAAAACUGGAAUUGUGUACAUGAAAUGAUUCUUUUUUUUAAAGUCAUUUUUAGUUUUAUUUUUGAUGAUUAUGGCUUAAGGCUCACCAAAAUCUGAAAUCCAGUAUCUCAAAGUAUUGUAAUAUUUCCGAACAUUAAUAAAAUAAAGUGUUCUAAUAUUUUAUGAGACUGGAUUUCUGAGAUUCAUGAGCUAUAAGCCAGUAACAUUUAAACCAAAUGAACUAUUUUAUGCUACGUGUAAUGAAUAUAGAGUAUCUGAAAGUUUACCUUUUGAGGUAGUGUGCAGUUACUAGUUAAGUUUUCUUUUAAGAGCGCUCUUUAUGUGCAAGAUCUUCUUGUUAGUUUGCUGUUAAUCAUCUCCAAACAAUACAAAUUCCUAGUUCACACUGUAUGAUAAAUCUUGUUUAGCUAUCAUAAUAAUACACUAUAUUUCUAUUGCAUCUCAAAACUGAAGCUACAAGGUGUUUUAUCAUAAAAAAAAUAAGCAACAAUAAACAGAAAAUGAGAGAAAACAUGAAGAAAACAAUCAAACAUUGCAAAAAGCAUCAAUAAAACUUGAGAAACAGGUCAAAUCUGUCUCAGACUAGCAAUAAGAAGCACUUCCAAUUGAUUUUGAAGCUAAUAUUAAGGUUAAAAAGGUUAUUGCUGUGACUUCCAAAUAUGUUUUACAGUUUUUCUGCUGCUUGAACUGACUAGAACUCAAGGCAAGGGUUUAAAACUGAACAUCUGGAAACAAAUGCACCAUUCUGGAUCAUUUUCAUGUAAAGAAAAACAAGAAUAAAGACGUAAAAAACAACAUUUCUACAAACACCAAAAGCAUUAAAAUGUUAUUUUAGCUGUGA